AUGGAUAUAAUUUCUUCACAUUGGUACCAUAUUAGUUCAACUAGAAGUCGUUACAGUACAACUGUUAUCUUAUCUCGAAUCAUCGUGCAUGUUGUUGCUGUGGCCGGCGGUCAAGGAGAUGUCGGCAAGACAAUUGUUGAGGUUUUCAGCCAGAAUCAACAAAACCGGGUUUUAGUUUUAUCUCGCAAGGUAGGAGACAAUGGCUCCCUCUAUUCCCCAGCUAACGUCGUCAAGAAGGUGGAUGAUAAGUCCACGAUUUGCGUGGACUACACCGAUGUCUCUCUCAUCCGCGAUGCCCUUGAGAAACACAACGUGGAAGUCGUUAUCUCGUGUCUGAACCUCAUCAGUCCGGAAGCAAGUCAGGUAGAGGUCAAUUUGGCUCGCGCCAGUGACUCUUCCAGUGCAACACACAGGUUCAUAGCUAGCCAAUGGUCCAUUCCAACACCCCAAGGAUCACCUUUAGCCGACUUCUCAGCUGCCACUCUGGCCGUCCUUUCGCAGACGAAACUUGAGUACACCGUCGUCUCCAAUGGGCAUUUCUCUGACUACUAUGGAUAUCCCAAAGUCAAGACUCAUCUCAAACACGCUGAUUUUCUCGUGGACAUAGCCAAAAGGGCAGCUGCUGUCCCAGGAUCUGGCGAGGAUAAAGUUGUGUUCACGUACAGCUUUGACGUAGCACGUUUCGUGGAUGCUUUGGUGAACACGGACGAGAAAUGGUCCAAGAAAAGUGUCGUCAUCGGUGAGAAGAUCACUACGAACGAGAUUGUUGCCAUUGCUGAAGAUGCAAGAGUCGUCCAUGACGAUGUAAACAAAUUGAGGUCUCUGCAGGUCACCGAACUCCCAUCACAUGUCGAGGCAUACAAGUUCUUUCCUAAGCCUAUGCUGCAGACCUUGUAUGCCGCUAUAUGCCUUCGGAUCAUUCAAGGUCAUUUUGACUUGCCCUAUGAAGGGUCGCUCAACCAGAUGUUUCCCCAUAUUGAGUUGACAUCUGUGAAGGAACUGAUUGAUCAGGCAUGGAAAGCCUAA